GCCCACAGCCACGCACACACACCAGCGGAGUCUGUGUACAGUAGCUGCUUCCAGGACUUUCCACUCACUCCGUUAGUCUGGGACCGAACACCGAGAAGGGCUGGCUCACCAGAGACUAUCGAAGAUGGAGACGAAACUGUGCGUGUCACUUUGUGCGCUACUGCUUCUGGGUUUGGGAUCUGCAGAUCAUGGUUCAGACCAGAGUGUUUCCUCACCCAGCACCACUGCACCUGAAGCCAGAACUAAGAAGACAGACACCCCAGUUCCUCAUGAGGACACCCAAAAUGUCACUCAAAAGAGCACCACAGCGACCCCUGCCGCUGCGACUCCACCUGAUGGUCCAGGCCAGAGUGUUUCCCCACCCAGCACCACUGCACCUGAAGCCAGAACUAAUAAGACAGACACCCCAGUUCCUCAUGAGGACACCCAAAAUGUCACUCAAAAGAGCACCACAGCGACCCCUGCCCCUGCGACUCCACCUGAUGGUGCAAUGUCUCACCGCAUCCUCAUGACCAACCAAACAGGUGAUGCAAAUAGGAAUCAGAAUACGACGUUGGAGCCCCCACUUGUCACCACAGCCAUUUCCUCGAAUGAAUCUCACAGUAGCAACAGCACAUCAAGACCCCUUAAAGUCAAUCACACAUCUUCAUCUUUGGUUUCUGUGGUGACAUCAGACCCUCUCAAAGAGACACACACGUCCACCACAGUUCCACCAGCAAAGUCCACCACUGCAUCCGACUCAAGUCCCAUCUCCACAAAGGUGAUCAGUAGUUCUCAUCCAACCACCAACGUUUUACAGCAUAGUGAGUCAACCACUCAAGUCCACAUUAAGGCCUCAACUAAACUGGCGAACAUCACCACCACAAAGACUGAAAUCCACACUGACACAUCAUCCAAGCUCAACAUAAAGGGAGACACCAAGAAGGACAGUAAGUCUCCUCCACUAGACCCCCUCCUUGCUGGCCUGGUGUCAGCCUUCAUCAUCACUGCCGUCAUCAUCACCCUGCUCCUCUUCCUCAAACUGAGGCGAAGAGACACCAGACCUGAGUUCCGCAGGCUGCAGGAACUGCCCAUGGAUGACAUGGAGGACACACCCUUGUCCAUGUACAGCUACUGACCCAGGAUGACCUGGUCCAUGUUCAGAACUCCUCACCAGGAUCAUGGCUCGCUUUGAUUCUGGUUUCUCGCCCAAAAAUUCCCGCACGCGCACAGGACUCUGCACAGGCUACAGCCGCUCUCAAGCAUGCAUCGGAUCAUCUUCAGCAGAGAUGAUAUGUGAGAGAAUGCAAACAGUGCCUCUGUUAUUUUAAUGUUAGCCAGCCCAAAUGUUUAAGUGACUGCUUAGGGACGUUCCAAGUUAUGGAAUCAGAUGUGCCCACAUUGUUAGGAAAUGGUACAACAUCAGGGGAACCUUCAUCUGGGUUGACCUGAAGUCUGCUUCACUGUCUGCUCUCCGCUGUGAAUCCAGUCAACUGAACAAAGCAGUGACUCACAGCAGAGCUCUGAUUUCAGUGUUGUUGUGUUUGCACUUUACUUUUUCAAGUGUGUGUGUGUGGGGGGGGAUACAAAUAUUGUCCGUGUAUGUGAGAAUCGUAGCUUUCAGAUUAGAUGUGUGAGUCUGGGUUAGAGAGCGUUUGUACAUGUUGUGUAUUUUUAAAUUUAUGCCACGGAUUAGCCUAUUUAAUAUUUGUCACUCUCAGGCCAUCCACUUAGAUUUUCAUUUUCAGGAUCAUAUCUGUCAAAUAGAGAGUGCCUUACAAAUACACUGUGUACUCCAGUGCUUUAGCCCCAUGACUUCUCUAACUGUAAACCAAAUCAGUAGCAAGAAUGGUGGUAAGAAAUACUACUGAUGCUUGUCUGUCAUAACGCCCAUGCUUUUGUCAUAUUUCAUGGUCUGAUUGAGUAUCCAAACAUUGUAUUUUGUAGCUAAUUUUCCAAAAAGGGCAAGUGAAUGUGACUUUCUACUGGAUUGCAGUGAUGAGAGAAACCAGCGAGUGUCUUUAGAUGUUGUGCAACAAGUCAGAGUGUUAAUAAUAAUAAUAUUGAACCCAGGAUAAACAAUGGAAAUGAUAGGAAUGUGAAGUUGUGAUGACCAAGUUGAUAUGUAGCUACCUGAUGUACAAUGCCUUUCGUUGAACUCCUGUUCUGUUACACAAGUCAUUUCUGUUGCAAAGUUGUGGCCAUGUUAUUUCUUAAAAUGUUGAAUACAUUUGUGAAAGUGGUGUGAAAAUUGGUGACUACAUUUUGCAGAAAAAUAUGGAUCCCUGUUUUGCCAUUAAACAUACUUUGACAUCUACAAACACUUCUUU